UCAACCUGUGGAACGUGUAACGAAGACUUUCAGUCAAGAAAAAACAGAAAUGACUCUGAAGACUUUAUCACUAAAAUUUUGAAGAUUUUUAAACAAACGUCCCUUGACACCGGAUGUAAAAACUUUGAGGCUCCGCCCCCGUGAGUGGAUAAACUCCUGCAUGAAUGUGUGUAUCCUCAGACAAUGAAUUAAUAGUGAAUUUGUAAAUAUAAACACGUUUCAUGUCAAUCUGUGGAACAUGUAACGAAGACUUUCAGUCAAGAAAAACAAUUAGAAAUGAUUCUGAGGACUUUAUCACUAGUGUUUGUCAGAACACGUGACUUCAACCGGCUCAUGCGACACGAGAGCACUUUAAACUGGUGUUUUGAUAAUGGGGGACUCAUCCUCAAGUCUUCAUCCACGGAUAUUUUCCAGAACCUGGCUUUAGAGGACUGGAUCCAUGAUCAUGUCGACCUGCAGAGCCGGAGAAUCUUGUUUUUAUGGAGAAAUGGCCCGGCUGUGGUGAUCGGGCGGCACCAGAACCCGUGGCAGGAGUGUAACCUGGAGCUGCUGAGGCGGACCGGAAUCCCGGUGGCGAGACGGCGGAGCGGCGGAGGAACCGUGUACCACGAUCUGGGCAACAUAAAUAUGACGUUCUUCACUUCGAAGAAGAAAUAUGACCGCCUGACUAACCUCGGGGUCGUCACCGGGGCACUGAAGGCGCUCAGACCGAAUUUGGAUGUCUGUGCGACAGAGAGAUUUGAUAUCAUCCUGAACGGAUGUUAUAAGAUCUCGGGGACUGCAGCCAAGCUGGGCAGGACGGCUGCUUAUCAUCACUGCACCCUGCUGUGUUCUGCAGAUCGCUCUGUCCUCUCAUCAGUCCUGAAAAGUUCCUGCACUGGCCUGAAAAGCAACGCCACCCCCAGUGUGCCUUCCCUUGUUACAAAUCUCUCAGACCACGACCCCACUCUGAACCCCGAGUCCCUCAUGGACGCCAUUGCGUCUCGUUAUAAUAAAGAGUUUGACCUUGACUGUCCUGUCCUCACGGUGGACCCAGGAUCCGAAGUGCUAAUGCCUGGAAUACACAAGAUGACCUCUGAUCUGAAAAACUGGGACUGGGUUUAUGGCAAGACUCCAAAAUUCAGCGUUUGCACAUCCUUUAUGGUGGAGAACAUCAUCAGCAUUGGACUGGAGAUGGACAUUAAGAAUGGGGUUGUAGAGACGUGUGUUAUGGAUGUACCCCAUGAUUGGCUGCCUGCAGACUUUGUGAAAGAGUUCUGCUCCAGUUUGACAGGCGUCCGGUUCUGUCCGAAUGAGUUCGCUGUGGCUGUAGGUGCUUUCCUGAGAACUGCCUCAUCCUCUCCGCAGCAUGCCCAAAAAACACUAAGGCUUUGUGAAAACCUUGUAUCAAUAAUGUAAAUAAAGGAUUUAAGUUGUCUGUGAA